AUGUCGGACCAUAUGAUCAACCACCGGGGUCCGGAGUUCUUUGAGUUGAUAACCGAAUGCACGGAGAAGCUCAAGCAGGUCUUCAUGACGGAGAACGACCUGUUCAUUCUCACAUCCUCCGGCACCGGGGCUCUUGAAGCUUCCAUUGUCAACACUCUUUCUCCCGGCGAUAAGGUGCUGGCCGCCAGCGCCGGGUCCUUUGGCGACCGCUAUGCCGACCUGCUGGACGCAUACGGGGCCGAGGUGACCCGGAUAACCUUCGAGUGGGGAGAGCCCAUUGAUCCCGAUGGGAUUCGUCAAGGGCUGAAGGACGAUCCGGAAAUCAAGGCAGUGAUCGUUACUCACAACGAGACCUCAACCGGGGUUACUCACGACUUGCAGAGCAUCGCCAGCGUGGUUAAGGGCGAAUUUGGCAAGCUGCUGUUGGUGGACGCGGUGAGCAGCCUGGGUUGCGUACCGCUGCCCGUCGAUGGCUGGGACUGCGAUGUGGUCUCCACGGGUUCGCAAAAAGGUUUCAUGAUUCCGCCGGGCCUGGCCUUUAUCAGCUUCGGCAGGGACGCCUGGGAGGCCCAGAAGGAGGCGGCCAUGCCCCGCUUCUACUUCGAUCUGGAAGAGGCCAAAAAGUACCUGGACCGGGGCCAGACCCCCUGGACGCCCAACCUUUCCGCCAUGUAUGGAUUGCGGGCCGCCCUGGAGAACAUCAUGGACGAGGGCAUGGAAGGCGUUUUCGGCCGUCAUGCUUCCAUCGGACAGUUUACCCGCGACGGGGUCCGCGCCAUGGGGUUGGAACUUCUCUGCGCUGACGAGGCCAGGGCUUCCAACACCGUGACCGCCGUCAAGAUGCCUAUCCACAUCGAUGGUGAGCAGAUGAUGGAAAUUAUGCGCACCGAAGAGAAUGUGGUCCUGGCCGGUGGGCAGGGCAAGCUGACCGGCCACAUAUUCCGGAUCGGCAUCUGGGCUACGUUAAACGAGGAGCACAUCCAGGAAGUCCUUGAUGCGUUGGGCAGAGUUUUGCCGCGGGUAGGUUUCUAG